GGGUUUAUCCUUGGCGAGUCAUGGCGGCUUUCCGCGAUAUGGAAGAGUUGAGCCAGGGGCUGCUGAGCUUGCUGGGCGCUAACCGCGCCGAUGCGCAGCAACGGCGGCUGCUGGGGCAGCACGAGCAGGUGGUGGAGCGGCUGCUUGAGGUGCAGGACAGUGCGGAGCGGCUACUGCGAGAGAUCCUCAGCACGGAGAAGGAAGUGGCCCAAAGCCUAGUUGACUCCAAGGAGAAGGCGCACCAGGGGGGCGCUGAGUUGCAGCAGCUUGAAGCUGAGCUGCAGAAGGCCAGUGAGGAAGACACGCGCCUGAAGGCCACCCUCUUUCAGCUCACCAGCGAACUGGAGGGGCUCAAGGAGAUGGAGGCGGAUCUCCAAAGACAAGAGAGGGAGGUUGAUGAAGACACAACAGUCACCAUCCCUUCAGCUGUGUACGUGGCUCAGCUUUAUCACCGGAUUAGUAAAAUCGAGUGGGAUUACGAAUGUGAACCGGGAAUGAUCAAAGGCAUCCAUCAUGGCCCCAGCGUCGCACAGCCCAUCCACCUGGACAGCACUCAGCUCUCCAAGAAAUUCAUCAGUGACCAUCUCUGGAGCUUGGUGGACACCAAGUGGUAGCCAUUGUCUUGGACAUAGUGGGGGUCAGCCGGGGCGGGUGGU